CUCCACCGCCUGCUCCCUGUGUGUUUCCACUGUUGUUCAAAGCUAGCGGAAAGCAAACUGGGAUCUUCUGCGUCUGAUGGAAAGCAGAUUGACUAUCCGCUGACAAAUCAGCCCGAGAGGAGAAAGAGGAGGAGGAGGAGGAGGAGGAGGAGGAGAGGAAGAGGAGAAGGAAAAGGAAAGACACGGGAGGAGUAAGGGAGAAGGACAGGGAGAGAAAAACCGGGACAGGAUAAUGCUGCAAAUUUGACUAAAAGAUGUCCAACGUUACCGUGGAAGCGACCAACAUGCUCCCCAUCCUUAAGAAGAAACUGGCCUUUCUGUCAGGGGGCAAAGACCGGCGCAGUGGUCUGAUCCUGACCAUCCCUCUCAGUUCAGAUCAGACCAGCAUGGAGGAGCUCAGCGCCACACUGGACUACCUGCUCAGCAUCCCUAGUCAGAAGUGUAAGGCUCGGGGUUUCACCGUUAUCGUGGACGGACGGAAGUCUCAGUGGAACAUCGUGAAGACUGUGGUGCUCAUGCUGCAGAAUGUGAUUCCAGCCGAGGUGUCGCUGGUCUGCGUGGUGAAGCCGGAUGAAUUCUGGGACAAGAAGGUCACGCACUUCUGCUUCUGGAAGGAGAAAGACCGCCUGGGCUUCGAGGUGAUCCUGGUGUCGGCCAAUAAGUUGACUCGUUACAUUGAACCCUGUCAGCUGACGGACGAUUUUGGGGGAAGUCUGGACUACGACCACAACGACUGGCUCAACAAGAGACUGGUUUUUGAGAAGUUCACCAAAGAGUCGACGUCGCUGCUGGAUGAGCUGUUGAUUAUCAACGACAGCGACAAGGGCAGCGCGGUGGACAGGGAGAAAUCAGCUGACUGCGCCCUCUUGCCGUCUGUCGACCCCGAGACUGUCCUUCAGACCGGUCAUGAGCUGCUGUCGGAGCUGCAGCAGCGGCGUUUCAACGGCUCAGAGGGAGGAGGACAGGGAGGUCCAGCCUGGUGUCCCAUGGAGGAGGAGCUGCUGGCUCAGCCUCAGGUGAUGAAGCUGCUGGACUCGCUCAGGGAGCAGUACACCAGAUACCAGGAGCUCUGCAGGCAGCGAAACAAACGCACCCAGCUGGACGAGAUCCACGCCAAGGUCAUGCAGGUGGUCACCUGGCUGCAGGGUCCAGGUUCAGAGCUGCUGAAGACUCAGCAGGCGAUCGGGGACUCGAUGCGAGCGGCUCAGGCCCUGCAGCAGAAACACGAGGAGAUCGAGAGCCAGCACAGUGAGUGGUUUGCGGUGUAUGUGGAGUUGAACCAGCAGAUCGCUGCCUUGCUCAGUGCCGGCGAGGAGGAGGAGGUGUUGGAGCUGAAGGCGCUGCAGCAGCAGCUGAGCGACGUCUGCUACCAGCAGGCUGCUCAGCUGGAGGGUCGACAGAACGUCCUGCAGGCGGCGCAGGGCUUCCAUGGAAUCACGCAGGAGUUGUCCCAGCAGUUGGACGGCCUGCUGGGCAUGCUCUGUGCUGACGUGGCUCCAUCUGACGGAGCUUCGAUUCAACAAAACCUCAAGCUGUUGGAGGAGAAGCUGCAGACUGUCGAGGCAGGUCUCGCUUCUCUGCGUCAGAAGGGGGGGCUGUUAAUGGAGCAGAUGUGCACCCAACCGCCGUGGCCUCUGGAGGAAGCGGAGGAGACUCCAGCUGGGGAUCAGCAGGACAACACUCAGCACGUCCAGACCGUGAUGGAGGAGAUGCAGCUCCGCAAGCAGAGGUGUGAGGACAUGGUGGAUGUGAGGAGGCUGAAGAUGCUACAGAUGGUCCAGCUGUUCAAAUGUGAAGAAGAUGCUUUACAAGCAGUGGAGUGGCUUGGCGAGCUGUUGGACGCCCUGUUGAAGACCCACGUCAGACUGGGUGACGACUCUCAGGAGACCAGGAUCAUGUUGGACAAACACAGGAAGUUUGUGGACGUCGCUCAGAGCACGUACGACUACGGCCGUCAGCUGCUGCAGGCGACCGUCGUCCUCUGUCAGUCCCUGCGCUGUACGACGCGCUCGUCCGGAGACACUCUGCCGAGACUCAACCGAGUCUGGAAGCAGUUCAGCGUCAGCGCUGAGGAGAGACAGCAGAGACUGGAGCUGGCCCUGAACUUCCACACUGCCGCCGAGAGGGUGUUACAGCAGGAAUGUGUGGACCCAGAGUCUCUGGAUGAAGUCGAUUCUUCUGGGAAAACUCUGCUGGACAGACUGACCUUGCCUGUUAUCUUUCCCGAUGGGACUGAGCAGUACUUCGGGAGUCCCAGCGACACGGCGGCAGCGGCGGAGGGUGUCAGGGAGCGCCUCCUGCUGGUUGAGGAGCGACGGCUGCAGCUGCAGGAGGUGGAGCUUCAUAAUGACGAGGAGGAGGAGGUGCUAAACGGGCAGGAGGCGCGGCUGGACGUGAUCGGCGAGAAAGAGGAGGAGGAGGAGGAGGCAGCGGCGGCGGGGCAGCAGGAUGAAGACUUAGAGAGGACCACGCAGGACUGCUAAUGGACCGCUGUCGGCGUUAAACAGAGCUCAUUAACGAAAGGCAGCUCAUUAAAUUCCACCAAAACCUGCGACCGGUUGCUUCUGUCUUCCAGCAGCUUUCCAUCAGCCUCACUGCUUACCCUUCCUGAAAGAUGGGAGACAUGUUGGAUGUGAUCCUGUCACUCCGAUCAGCAGAAACUGAGAGGGCUCUACCGCCGUCUGCUUUGGGAAAACAGCGCCCUCCAACUGUUUUUUUGCCGUUACGCCAUCCGGUAGAACUGUAAAAUACUGGAAUUAUUAAUAUUCAUAUCUCUGGAUGCUCUGUUGACGACAGCUCGACUGUGAAAUAAUGUUUGGAUAAGAAUUCUUCUAAUGUACAGCUAACGCCACCUCAUCUUUCCCAGCAUGCCUUCCCAUGCUUUUCCCACUUGUUCACCUAAGUGGGUGGAGCUUCCAUGGUGCUACCGCGGUUACCAAGGUUUCUGUCUGUGCCUCCCUCAACCUCUCGGCUUUCUUGCUUCCUCAUCCCCCUUUUAUUUCCCUCCCCCGACAGAAGAUUAACUCGUUGGCCUGUACAGGAAGGGGCGGAGCCACAGUAUAUCAGGUGUGCAGCGCCAUAGACUCGUCAGGUGACGGGCUGAAUGACAUGUACAAAUGAGCAUAAGCAUGGCAACUUGUGGAGACAGCUACUAGUCCCAAAGAGCAACAACAACCAGCUUAAAGUAAAACAUUUCUAUUAUUAGUGAAGUUCCUACAUUGAGUCUCCUUUGAAGUUGAACUUUAUGGUUCCCCUUUAAAUGUGGGGACACAGCAUGUUGCACCUUAAACAAGAUAUUUUAUUUCUGCCUUCUAAGACCAAAGGAUGAGGAUGACCCGAGGAUAUAUCCCGGAAAAAAGUAACAAACUAAGUUGCCUGAGUUUGGCCAAAUAAUGUAAUGUAUUCAAUUUAGAGCAUUGAUUAUUGAAUUAUGUGCACAAAUUCAUUAUUUUCUCUCCCGGACUCUGUAUCUUGGCAAUUACAGAUUUGACCAAAUGAAUACUCGAGUGGAAACACACAGAAAGGAGGAAGAGAUUGAUUUAUAGAGAAGAUUCACUUCAACUCGAGUUCGGCUGACUGGACGUUUCUUGAAAUGGUCUGUGGGACUUGUAGUUGUAACAUUAGUGUUUCCAUGAUGCUUAACAUCUUUCAAGGACCCAGAGGCUCUGACCACUUCGCUGUUCUAAAUAAGCUCGCUGCCUUCAUGACAUGAAAAUCAAACCUGUGCCGCUUUUUUCUGAUCCAGACUGAAAUCAGAAAAGGACAGAUUCCUUUUUCUAUUUAUUUUCACUUUUUUUAAGCAAAGCCGUGACUGGUUGGUGUUUUUGACCAACAACUGCUGCUGUAAAUGUAACCGCUAAAUACUGCGUCUUGCUCUCUGUCCAAUAAUGUAUACAUAUGACAUCAUCCUCUAAAUAAAGAAGCAUUUUAAAGUUG